AUGAAGUUCUCCAUCGCCGCCAUCACCGGCUUCGUCAGCGCUAUCAGCGCAGCCACCCUUCCCAAUGCCUUCACUCUGGUCGCUGAGGGCGGCAAGACCGUUCUGACUGACGGCCAGAACGCCUUUGUCGGCGCCAACACCACUGAUCACGAGAUUCUGAUCCUCCGCGGCGGCAGCCCCAACGGUCUGGUCUCCUUCACCUCCAAGAACGGUGUCCCUACCGCUUUCCAGAACCUCUACAUCAUUGAGGACUCCGUUGCUCCCCUCGGCAUGACCAUCCCCCACUCCGGUGCCAUUCCCGAGGGCGGUAACAUGACCGGAUUCGGUGUCAAUGACAAGGGCUUCUUCACCCACGGUGGCAAGGCCUGGUUCGCCGUUGACGGCUACGGCUCGAACCCCGUUAAGGAGAUCUACUGGUACGCUGCUCACAACGCUGACUAUCGCAGCGAGCAGCUCUACGUCAAGGAGCUCAAGAACUACUCCGCUUAA